CGGGGGUGCAAUGUACUGUAUCUCCUGUACAGCCGGCGUACUGACAUUACCAGGCACCGUAUUAUUGUUGUUAUUCUCUCGCUUACCGUUCCUUCCUCGCUCCCGUCUCCGUCUCCGUCUCCGUCUCCUCGCUCGCUCUUCUCAACACUCUCUUCCGUCACCUUCACCAUUCUCUGCUACUCACCCUCCUCCAGUGCCUUUUCUUUUCCCUCCCACUUGGAAGACCGUGUCGUCUUCCUCUCACGCUCAUUCGGAAAUUUAAAAUUCAACAGCUCCUGUGUCUUGCUUUCCGCACUCUCUCCGGCAGGCUCCCCCAGCACCCAGUCCGUUCCCUGGUCAAUUCAUCCUCACGUUCCCUCAGCCGACUGCUUAGCCCGCACGAAUCGAACCCGUCUCUACCACCGCUACUCCAGCUUGUAUAAAGGAGCCCACAUUGAUUGACCGUGUCGUUGACUGUUGAUAUUUGAUAUUUCCAGUACGCUUUUGUCGCCUGGGAGCUCAGCUUGUUGCUCUCGUCCGUCCCGACAAGAAAAUAGGGGUCUCCGAGAGACCUCGCGCCAGUCCUUACUCUCAACACGUGCGGCUUGACGUCGUUUGAACAGAAAAGACUCCAACUAUGAAGUUUACCGCUUCCGUUGUUUUGACCGUCGCUGCGGCCGGCUCCCUAGCCGCUGCCCAGCCUCACAGACACAAUCACCAUCGCCAUCAUCAUGUGAAGCGCGCCCCAGACGCAACCGAAGUCGUCGUCGUUGCUGGACCAACCGUCUAUGCGUAUGAGUUGGAUGGUGAACUUAUUGACGGGAAGGAAGCCUGCAAAGGUAUUAAAGAUGGGUCCUUGCAGUGGGCCGAUCCAGCUGUCUCGGACGACGCUUGCGCUCCACAACCCUCAGUCACCGCGCUCAAGGCGGGUGAAUUCUACGAGAAGCCCGAACCAACUCCUACCCCGUCCCCGAGCAUUGACCCUCCUAAGGUUGAAAUUCCUAAGAUUGAAAUCCCAAAGGUGGAAAUCCCAAAGGUGGAAAUCCCCAAGGUGGAAAUUCCCCCCAUUUCCAUCCCCAAACCACCACCACCACCGCCAAUGGGCGGCUCCGGGCUCGACAGCGAGUUCCCUGACGGAAAGAUUUCCUGCUCUGAAUUCCCGUCGGAUUAUGGCGCCAUCUCUUUGGACUGGCUUGGUCUUGGCGGAUGGAGUGGUAUUCAAUAUGUCACCGUGAAAGACUCCUCAGUUACCGAUAUUCGCACCGGCAUCGAGGGUGAUAGGUGUGAGGAUGGAUCCAUGUGCUCUUACGCUUGUCCUCCUGGUUACCAAAAGACCCAGUGGCCUUCGACUCAAGGUGCGACUGGCCAGUCGGUUGGUGGCUUGGAAUGUUCCGGUGGCAAGCUCCGCCUCACAAACCCAUCCCUCUCUAAGAAGCUUUGUAUGAAGGGUGCCGGUGGCGUCGAGGUCAAGAAUACUAUGAACAAGGUCGUUGCCGUUUGCCGUACCGAUUACCCUGGCACUGAAUCCGAAACUGUCCCACUUUCUGCCACACCAGGCUCCACCCAGCCGCUAACAUGCCCUGAUGCUGGCAGCUACUAUGUCUGGGAGAAUAAGCCCACCUCCGCUCAGUAUUACGUCAACCCCAAGGGAGUCUCGAUCCAAGAGGGCUGCCAAUGGGGUGAUGGAAGCCGCCCAAUCGGCAACUUCGCUCCUAUCAACUUGGGCGUUGGCAAGCGGGAUGGAGCGACUUUCAUCUCCAUUUUUCAGAACAAACCAACCACCAACGCGAAGCUUGACUUCAAAAUUGAGAUCCAAGGCAGUGAUCUGGGUGGAAAGUGCAAGUAUGAGAACGGCUUGUUCUGGGACGCGAAUGGAUCCAAUGAGGAUGGGUGCACCGUCAACGUUAGAUCAGGCACUGCAACCUAUGUGUUCAGCGACUAAUUUUCUUCUUUUCCUUUUCGUCUAUCUUGUUUUCACGCUCCAGCCCAGCAAUGUCAAUUCCAAGGGCCAAAGAAAACUCGCUUUCUACGAUGUGGGGGGAUAGGGGAGAUUGAACAAUCACAAUCUAUAUGAAUCAACGAGGCCAUUUUACCAGUUUUAUAUUCUUCUUUCCCCCUUUCUUCUUCCUUCAAAACUUUUCACAAAAUCGCCUCUGUCUCUCCGCUCGCUUACCGCCCCGUCCUUUCUCCUGCUCUUCUUGAGAUGGCAUGGUGGACGGUGUCAUAUGCACACAAUAAAAGCUUUCCUUUUCCGGCACACGUCCCCCCAACCCCCUCCACCCUGCUGCCUCGGGAGGAAAACUAUUUACUUAUUACUAUUACUCCUUUUUAUUAUGUUAUGUUACCUCGCUUUUAACUCGAAGUCUUUUUUUUAAUUUAUUUUCCUACUUGUCUUCUUAGGUCAUUUAUUAUACCAAUACCUGCGUUUCUAGUGUUCUUUGUUUCUUUUUUCUUUUCUUUUUUCUUUUCUUUUUUCUUUUCUUUUUUCUUUUCUUUUUUUUUUUUUUUGUUGCUAUGAUGAAGGGCCAAACUGUUCAUUUUAAAACUUAACAACUUUUUUCUCUAAAAUAUUUUA